GGAAGAUUUUAGUUUCAACGGGUUCUGGAAACUGUGUUUCAGAAACACUGGUGCGUGUGUGCAUCUGAUUCUAAUCUCCUUGACAAUUAAUUGUUUCAGAAUACAACUGAGAAAGAUGAAUUCUGGUGGGUACGCUGUAGAGGUUACGGGUCUCUCGCCAAAAGCCACGGACAAGGAUGUCCGUGACUUCUUUGCUUUCUCUGGUGUCAUUCAGAAUGUUGAAAUUAUCAGGUCUGGUGAUUAUGCUUGUACUGCAUAUGUGACGUUCAAAGAGGCUUAUGCUCAAGAAACUGCAUGCUUGCUCAGUGGAGCCACUAUUUUAGAUCAACGUGUAUGCAUAACACGCUGGGGACAAUAUCAAGAUGAAUUUGAUUUUUGGAACCGGCCCUCCUAUAGUCACGAGGAUGAGUCUGCUUCAACUACACCACAAAGCAGUCAAUUUGUUUCCUCUGCUGGAGAAGCAGUUACCAUGGCUCAAGAAGUUGUUAAGACCAUGCUAGCAAAGGGAUAUGUUCUCAGUAAGGAUGCACUAGCUAAGGCGAAGGACUUUGAUGACUCUCAUCAAGUUUCUGCCACUGCAACAGCAAAGGUUUCUGAACUGAGCCAGAGAAUUGGCCUCGCAGAUAAGAUAUCUGCAGGUAUUGGAGCUGUUAAAUCUGUGGAUCAAAGAUACAAUGUCUCCGAAACAACCAUGGCGGCCGCAUCCACAGCAGGAAGAUCAGUAGCAGCGGCUGCAAAUACUUUGGUAAAUAGCAGCUAUUUUUCAAAAGGAGCAUUGUGGGUGUCAGGUGCUUUAAACAGAGCAGCUCAAGUUGCUUCUGAUUUGGGUACUCGCAGGGAUAGGCAGUAAAUAAAGCAUUGACAUAAUUAAACACUAUCUCUCUUAGAUAUGUCUGCAUAUGCUAAAUAGCCUUUGAAACUUCAGUUAGUAACAUUGUUAUACAAAACAUUAUGUAUGUAAUUAUGAACAAAUCUGGUUUACGCCAAGACAAGAUUGAACUAUGAAACCUUCGCAAUUUCUACCAUUGAAUUAUGAUCCUAA